CGGUUCAGUCAUUUUGAAUGAUUGGUAAGUUUUUCUACCUUUCCUUCCCUUUCACACAGUACUUCUCACAUCGAGAUAAAAAGUUUGGGUGUGCGUAAGCCAUUACAAUACAUAGCGAAAAUGGAUUUGCUUACACGUUUAGAAUCAGAGUUACUUGCGCAACUGCAGGAACUGCCGCCUUCUCACCCGCUCAAACAGCCUGGACGUAUUGUUUGAUUAGUUUGUAAUCUUGUUUGAUGCUACUCGUAUUCAUUACCUAAGAGUAAGAAUUUGAACUAACGUGCUGGUAUGGUGUUGCAGUUGGCAGGAGUCAGCACAGAUAAAAAAAUUUCUUUUCAGGUCAGCCUAUCUACGCGAACGAACUCCAAGCAGCCUUGGCAGACGAGGGACUUGCGCCCGUGCAGCCAAACUUUCUGGGAGCGCUGCUGAAGCGAUUACCGCCACGAGGCUUGGACACGAGCCUAGACGUGAGCAGGUGGCUAGCUGAGAAUCAAAGCCUGCUCAACUCCUCACCAUCGAUUGGCGGUAUGUUGAUUUAUUGCAUACAUUUUCUUAUCUUUUCUGCAGUGCUUGUGCUGUGUCGUGCUUGUUCGAUCCUUUCGCUUUCCGUGUAAUUCUCUUUGGAUUAAAGCGCUCGACGACCCCGUCUUCAAUAAGGGCAUGUUCGCCGUACUACAGGUGUCGGCACCAGUGCUCCAACCACCCCCGCUCGUGGCCGUAGUCGUGCCACCGCUGACCAGGAGGCGGGGUCUCCGCUCGAGCGGGUCAAGGCGAAGGAGUCGCGACAGGAUGUGGCCCAGUUGCUCGAUUUGCUCGAGCGAUCGGUCCCCGACGUCGGCAGCCUGUUUCUCACGAAGGACGAGAAUCUCAGCGGGCAAAUCGGCGUGACCGAGCUGCUGGAAAUUCUGACGGAGCUGAACCUGAACGACAGCGCCAGUCUCGGGCUGUUGAAAAAGGCGGCGGCGAGCACCAAGGACGGUGUGAUCCCCUACACGGAGUGGCUGCGAGACACCUCUCGCACGUCCUCGCGGCGCAAGCGCGAGGCCGCGCCCACAAAGCCGCCAGUAGAGGAACCUGAGGCGGGCGGUGCGCGGAAGGAAGCAGGAGCUGCGAGCAGCUCUAAGGCAAAGGCAAGCGACGGGGACAAGGACGCGGACACUGCGGACAAAGAAGUCGAGAUCGAUACAAGUGUAGUUCUGGAGGACGCCGCGCCGAUCCAGAGCGAAUCGGUGAUCGCUCCCGAUCCGCCGCCCGACGAGGAAACGAAGAAGGAAGACGCAGCGGAGGAUGGGGGCGGCGGCGAUGACGAGCAGUCCGGUGGAAAGAAGUCCGACGCCGACGAAGACGCCAAGGACGAGAGCAAAGAAGCCGCAUCGGAUUCAAGAGAGGACGGGGGAGACAAGGAAGCGACGCCGACACCACCAGACGACAGCGCAGCGGUAGAUGCGGAAAAGCAGGCGGGCAGCGGUACAGAGCAGAACAAGUUGGAGGAGAAGAAGCUGGAGCCUGUGCCGGACAAGAAGCCGGAGCCACUAGCAGAGGUGCCGAAGAAGGAUGAGGAGGCGAAGCCGGAGCCCCCAUCGGAGACACCGCCCGCGAUCGAGUUGGAAAAUCUCGAGACCGACGGCCAGUUGACGCCGAGUCCGCUGCUGCAGCGGCAGCACAGUUUCAGCGAGGAACCGAAGACUGCGGAUGCGGAAACGCAGGCCGUUCCCAGCGCACGCCAGCCCCAGAACUUGAUCAUGACGAACAGCCCAAAAAAUAAAGACAAGGACAAAGACAAGGAGUUAUUUCCAAAAACCAUGUUCAGCAGCGGGGUAUUCGGUGUGGCGCAGCAGGCCAUGUCGGCCGCUUCGGGAGGGGGCUCCCGGCCGUCACAGGAACCGGGUUUCGGGCGUUCCCCCUCGGGGGAGACUGCUCGAAGAAAGAGCAGCGACCAAACCUUGACGCCCGGGUCGCAGUUCCGGAAAUCGGGCCCGGCGUCGGUGCCCGCCGCGCUCGCAGGGGAUAUCCCCGCAGAGCCGUUUCUCGCCUCGAAUCGCGAAGUUGAGGACUUGCUGCUCCAGGAUGCCACGGACUGGCGCUUGUGCGAGCGGUUCUUCCGCAGUGUGGAGGUCAUAGAAAACACGACCGUCUACACUGAGGCGGUUUGCGUCGACGAACCAGUGUCCGAGCAGCGCAUAGACGACUUUGUGCGUCUGCGCAAAAUGCGAAAAAUAUGCGCAUCCAGCGCCGGGACGACGACGAAUGCCGCGGCACAGGCGCAGUUUCUGUCGUCGACCGGUUCGACAAACCCGAACAUGUACGGUCGCACGCCCGGGAGAAACGAUACUGCCAGCGACCAGUACCAAUACGAACCGCUGCGGCUGCGGUUACGCGGCUCGUAUUCCGGCGCCGGCGGAACAAAUGUUGAGGAGGAUGAUGGCAGUCCGAAUACCAGCUUUCUGCGCAACACGGUGCCGAGCCCCCGGACGCAGCGCUGGGUGCCGCCGUCUGUGUACGAGCCGGCGGUGGCGCAUUUCGAAGACCACUUUGCAAACACGACCACCGCCUGCGGAGUCACUUUGUCGAAGCAUCGUGUACACUGGCGGAGCGCGACCGAGAUCAUCCUCGCGGACAAGUACCAAGUCCCGGCAUUUGGACUCGUUCCGAUGCCGCAACCGGUGCUGAAUCCCCUGGCGGCUUCGUCCUACUACGUGCAGGAAUCGGUGCAAGAUCCAAAUGGUGCACUGAGCGCCACGAUUGCUCCCAAUAGGCAGGGUCUCGAGCAGCGGCCUGUGUCGACUAGUGCUGGCCCGAAGUUGGACGGCAUGGACCCCGGGAUCGGUGCCUGCAAUCAGCUCGGCGCAGCGGAUCAGCAGGACGUGGGAGCGGAUGCGAGCGCUGCAGCCGAAGAUCCACCGCAACAGUCAUCUGCGCAGGCGGCGGAAGACGGUGGCGCGGAUCCUUCCGCCUCACCGGGAAGCAUUUUCGGGCCGCCAGUGGCCGCACAGGAGGCAUCAUCAAGCGGUCUCCCGGCCGCAGUGGCCAUGUCCGAUGAGUACCAAUACGCUCCGCGACCGCCAAACGUGGAUCCGCAGUCGUAUUGCGUGGGCCAGACAGUGCCCUCGGCCGCACCGCCGCUGCCACAGAUGAUCGCGAAUUCGCUCGCGUCUCUGUCCUUCGUCGUGCCGCCGCGGCUCUUUUCGGCGCUGCAACCCUCGGACCUUGAGCAGGGCCUCGGGGACAGCAGCUUCGUGCAGGCCGUGCGGGUGAUCUGCGAGCGUUGUCCGGAGCUGAUACUCCGCGCAUUCGGCGCGCAGCGGGACAGCCAUGCGGGCGCGAACGGUCCCUACGUGGUGUACCUGUUUCACCCACAGAAGAACUACUGCCGUGAGGAGGUUGUGCUGAACGACUUGGUGCCCUGCAUCAACGGCUACCCCGUUUUCUCCACCAACCGCGGCGGCGAGCUUUGGAGCUUCCUGCUGGAAAAAGCAGUCGCGAAAAUGCUUGGGGGAUACCACAAUCUCAACGGCGUUGGUAUUUCAGCAUCGUGUUUCAUCUGAUUGGCCUACCGUGCUUGCGUGCGCUCUUGACUUGCGUGACGAGGCAGGAUUGUUUUUUGCAUUUGCUAAUUUUCAUAUGCUAACCCUGACAUCAUGUGCAUAUCUUUACUUUCCAGGCAUCCCGUUGUUGUGGAAUAUGCUUGCUGGCCUGCAGUUUGAAGACCUCGAAGCGCCACCGUUUCGCGUUCUGUACACGUGGCGCCCGCAACGGGUUGUGUACGGCGAAUUGCCGGACACCGGAAGCUCGAGUCUCGUCCUCUGGGGCGAGGGCACGUUCACGAGGGAUCUCGCGAGCUACAGGUACUGUUCGUUGCUUAAAAAAGAUCAUCAAUAAUCUCAGUCGUGUGCUAUAAUACGACGGAUUUUUCUCAUGGUCAUGCCGGGGAACUAACACAAAACAAACGCAACGAAACUCUAACCACAGGUACUCCGAGCCGGCCGCCAACUGCCUGACGAGUCGCAACGUUCUCGAAUACCUCGGGCGGCUCGUGGCGAUGCAGCAUUUGAUGUGCGCUACGUUUGUUCCGGAAAACCCGUACAACCUGGAGUUCGGAACCUACGUCAGCAUCCUCCGUGUGGACCCCGACUCGCAGCUGGUCUGGUUUCGCGGUCUGGUGCACCCCGACGCUCCCUUCGGGGACGAGUUUCGCGAGAGGUUCGAGUCGGACCUGGAAAAGAUCAGCACGCGCUUCGGCCAGGACCGGGCCAACGCGCGCCGCAAAGCGGAGAUGGAGCGCAAAAUGCAGCUGGCGAAAGAGAAACUUUUAAACUCCAUCGGCAAGGGGAAGAAGCCCGUUAAGCAGCGUAAGUCCGCGCCCGCGGUGCUGAGUCCGACGCAGCGGAAAAAGCUGCUGGAGGAGGAGGAGCGGCUCCGCAAGCUGCGCGCACAGCAACCCUCGUCUUCCUCCUCCGCGUCCAGCAGCAGCGCGGGGUCCUCGUCCGAAGCGGAGAGCAGCGCGUCGAGCAGUGCGUCCUCUUCCAGCGCUGCAGGACAGGAUCAGGAAAAUGAUGUGGAGGAGAAGCCGCCUGCGACAGAUGAUUUUGACGACCCGCGGAACCCGUUUUCGUAUGCGAAGGAAGACCAGACCAAGGCGGCGCAGACCGGGACUUUGUUGAAGCAGACCGCGAACCAGCUGGCCUUGGCCGACCGGAAGAAAUUUGCGGUCUCCUUCGCGGAAUUCGAAAAAUACGUCUACGACAUACAGUACUGCGAGCACGCAGAUUUGGUGCACGGGAGCCGCCAACCGGUCGACUGGAAGGAACAGGCCGUAUUCAACACGAUAAGGGGGGUCUUCUCCAGCUUCCCCGCAACCGCGGCGAAGAGUCCGAGCUCGGUGCGGCAGCACAUGCUGAACCAAACGAUCAGUCCGACAAGUCGCGGUUCUAGUGGCUUGACACUGAAUUUCAGCAACUUCCUCCGAAACACGAGCGAAAACACCUGCUACGACGUGUUCCGAGCGUUGGUUCGGCCGGAGUUUGAGGAGUUCGGGAUCGACCAGCUGCGGUGGUACGUGCUGGUAAACCGGUGGAACCCGCGGCUCAGCGAGCGCGACCUCGGCGACCUCUGGCGCGAGUGCGACGCGGACCAAGACAAUUUUCUGAACUAUGUGGAGUUCUUCCGGCUCUUCGAUUUGUCGAAAACCUUCUGUCGUCCGGGAGGAGCAUCGUGAAGAGACGGAAAACAAAUAUGAAUGUAUGAUUUCUGGUGCGCUGCACGUUUCGUGUUCAUUCGCCUCACCGACUGUGCAUCUUCAAAGAUGAUGGUGCAGGCGGAAAAAUUGCGUUUCGUGCAAACAAACUAGACGCAAAGUUCAGGACCUGAGUAUUGAAGAUUUCUUUAUGCUCAGAUUCAGGUUCACUUGUUUUUCUCGCGCUCUACUUUUUCACACGGACGAGAGGAGCAUCUGAGAAGGGAAAUAAGAGGCUCGGUCCGAGUUGGUGCAGGAGCGA